CGUCCUCUAGCGUAUCCCUCCACGCCGCUCUGCCUUGACGGAGAGGGGAAGUAGGGCCGGGAGGCCGCGGAGGGGUUCUCUGUCAGCUGCUGUACGCUGAGUGGGAGUGAGGCGGCUCGACCUGUGAUUGGUUGCUGGGAGGUGUGCGCGGGGAAGCCGGGAGAGCCAGAGGCGCAGGGCGGCCGAGAGACGCCACACAGGAGGCCGGUACGGAGAACCGAGGGAAGAGGGUGAGGGCACCGUGGGAUCGCGGAGGAGAACCGGGGAAGAAGGGGUGCCGGGUGGAGAUGUUGCCCACCCAGGCCGGUUCCUCUCCCGGUAACGGCGUAGGCCGCAACUCCGGAUUAUCGUUGUCCCGUAACCGGCCAGGGAACGGAAGCUCUCCGGGGAGGGGUAGUCGGCCUCGGUACGAGGUUUCCCCCGGAGUGGGAUCAGCCAUGUAUAGCGGUAGCGAAGUCACCUCUGACUCUGCAGAUGAGGACGAGACCCCGUCCCGCGGGACGAAGAGAGGACAAGCGGAGCUGGAGCUGCCCGAUCCGGUGGGACCCGGAGGAGCCGGGGUAGCAAUGUCUGGAGGAUACCCUGGGGUCAGCGGAGUGGUGUCGGGGGCCAAGCCUGGCAAGAAGACACGGGGUCGGGUAAAGAUCAAGAUGGAGUUUAUUGACAACAAGCUGAGGAGGUACACCACCUUCAGCAAGAGGAAGACCGGCAUCAUGAAGAAGGCCUAUGAGCUCUCCACACUGACCGGGACGCAGGUCCUGCUGCUGGUCGCCAGUGAGACGGGUCACGUGUACACCUUCGCCACCAGGAAACUUCAGCCAAUGAUAACAAGCGAGACCGGGAAGGCAUUAAUACAGACUUGUUUAAACUCUCCGGACUCCCCUCCGCGCUCCGACCCCUCCACCGACCAGCGAAUGAGUGCUACAGGCUUCGAGGAGACCGACCUCACCUACCAGGUGUCUGAGUCUGACAGCAGCGGGGAGACGAAGGAGAUGGAUUGGGGACAGUGGAAGAUCAGAGAAGACGGGAUCAAGCAGCCUUUUUACACCAUGCACAGGAUUGACCCCAUAGGGUCCACAGACUCCCUGAAGCCAGCUUUCACAAUUUCCAAUCUCCCGGGCACUUCCACCAUCCAGACGGCGCCCACCACAUCCACCUCUAUGCAGGUUACCAGUGGGCACUCUUUCCCCAUUACAAACUACCUGGCACCUGUCACCAGUGCCAACGGAACUGUUCUCAAGACAGAAGGCAAUACCAUAAGUUCUGGAGGCCUGAUGCAGCUGCCCUCUGGCUUCACCCUGAUGUCUGCAGGGGGAGCUGUAGCUCAGCAGGUUCCUGUACAAGCCAUCCAAGUUCACUCGGCCACGCAGGCUUCUCCGUCCAGCGACAGCAGCUCAGAUUUGGUCCAGACGUCCGCUAGUGGGACAGUGACCUUGCCCGCUGCUAUCAUGACUUCCUCUGUGCCCACCACAGUGAGCGGUCACAUGAUGUACCCCAGUUCGCACGCUGUCAUGUAUGCUCCCACUCAGGGUUUGACAGAUGGGAGCCUGGCGGUGCUCAAUGCCUUCUCCUCUCCACAGAUGCAGGUGUCCCACUCGCAGGAGCAGGGUGGAGUACAGCAAGUUUUCCUCACAGCACCACCUGGCACCGUCCAGAUCCCAGUGUCUGCAGUGCAGCUUCACCAGGAAGGAAGACCAUACAGAAAUACAGAGACAUCUCAGAAUUAUUUUACAAUGGCGGUCAUCGGACAGCAGACGGGCAGCAGCAGUAAUCUGACGGAACUGCAAGUGGUGAAUUUGGACACUUCACACAACAGCAAGAAUGACUGACUGCUGUAUAUGGGGAGCCAACACCGGGCCCCCAGGCGGUGACAUGAAACGUGGGGAGCGAACACCAGGGCCCCAGACGGUGACACAACAGAGACUGCAACACCUAUUUAUUGAUGCCUUUUCACAUUUUUUUUAUUUCCCUGUUUAAGACUUUUUUGCUUGUGUGCAAGAUAAGAGGCUCACAGUGGGGAUGGGGGAGGGGGGUUUACAAUGUGGCUUUGUUUAUCCCACCCAGAUAUCACUUAGUGGCCUCUGGGAGCUGGUGAUUUGCACUGAAUGCGAUGGGGACAUGCACUCCUGUAGUCGGUGGGGACUUGGCAUUGUCCCUGGCAGAGCCCCAGCAAGGCCACGCCUGGCAGAGAAAUAGUUUUAUUAAGGGAAUGCAGAGGAAGGACUACAAAUCCUUUUAUUUUUCUAAAUGUGGAUUCUCAGUAUUUAUGUAAAAGCGGCAGGUUCUCUUUGGGUUUCCUGCGUAUAAAAGGGGAAGGGGUGAUAUUUUUAUCUGCUUUUAUAGCAAAUGGGUUUUUGUGAUCAUGGAUUGUUUGGCCCUUCUCUGGUCUGCCAUUGAAGAGUUAAAUGUACUUUUGUUCACUCAGAUGGCACUACAGGCGUUGUUGUGAUAUAUCGCAGCUGUCAGUAUUUCAAAGCCUUUCUGAUCACAUGUACUGUAUAUUUCUGGAGAUGAUUGGCUCAUUCAUGAAUGGAAGCCACGCCUCUCUGCAUAUCACCGGCAGCUGACUGCCUGGUGUACUGGGUACUGCAGAGCCCCAUGUGAGUCACGUCCGUUGUUUCAGCCAUGCAGAGAAUGUGGUUUGAUGGUGAUCCUGUAUGACAGAUUGUAGAGUCAGCUGUCCACCUCGCCAACUCCCAACAUGAUCCGCUGUAUCGGCUCCCCCAUCUGCCUCCCCUCUGGGCAUUCUCUCGUCCAAUGUACCCAAAUCCUGGGUAUGAAUUCCUGAUGUGGUACAUUAGACAUGUACUGCUGCCAUUUAUCACCCACCUGC